AUGGAGAGUGAGAGAAGGUUUAGGGUUUCGAAAGUUAGAGAGAUAGAGAAGAUGGAGGGCGGGGGUAAUAAUUGUAAUAGCAAUUGUUAUCGUAGUCAUGGCAUGAUGGGAUCUGGGUCUUCUCCUGGGAUGUUGAUGCCUCCUCCUCUUUUGAAUUCUUAUACUACUGCUGCAGAUCAAACGAGUAGUUCUAGUAACCAGCAGCACUACUUUGUUUCUCUGCCUUUUAACCCAAACCAAAAUGAUGGCCAGAGAUAUGAGAUGAACAUGAAAGCCAAGGUCAUGGGUCAUCCUCUCUUCCCUCGCCUCUUGGCCUCUUAUAUCAAUUGUCAAAAGGUUGGGGCUCCUGCUGAAGUGGUGGCUAGGUUAGAUCUUGCAGCUGCGGCCUCAAUAUCUUCAGCGGCUGCGAUUUCUGCAGCAUGCGAAGUAACAGAAUCAGACCCAGAAUUGGAUCAGUUCAUGGAGGCCUAUUGUGAAAUGCUUACCAAGUACAAUGAAGAGCUCACAAAACCCUUCCAUGAGGCCAUGCUGGGCCACUCUAAAAUCAACUCCCAGCUCAAAGCUCUGUCCGUUUCAGCACCAUCAUAUUCUGCUAGUACUGGUGAUCUUGUUGGACAAAGUGGGUCUUCAGAAGAGGCUGAUGUGAACGAGAACCGCAGCAAAGAUCCAAGAGCCGAAGAUUGGGAUAUUAAAGCUAAGCUUCUGCAAAAAUAUGGUGGAUGUCUCGGCAGUCUCAGCCAGGAGCUGAAGAAGAAGAAAAAGAACGGAAAGUUGCCAAAAGAAGCCAGGAUUCAGUUGCAAGAAUGGUGGAGCAGAAAUUACGCAUGGCCCUAUCCAUCGGAGCCUCAGAAGCUAGGACUGGCAGCAUCGACUGGUCUGACUGUGAAGCAGGUAAAUAACUGGUUCAUAAACCAAAGAAAACGCCAUUGGAAACCAUCUUCAGAGAGUAUGCAACUUGCUAUGAUGGAUCAUUCCCAAUUCUACUAUAAUUAUAUGGAUUAUCCAACCUGUAAUCCCCUACCUAUGGAUUGCACAUCUACUCUGGUUUGA